GAGAGAAAGAGAGAUGGAAGGGGAGAAGGGCGCUGUGUGUGUAACAGGAGGAACUGGACAUGUAGCGUCAUGGCUGAUCAUGAAGCUGCUUCAACUUGGUUACUCGGUUCGUGCCACCGUCCGAUCCAACUCAGAUGUCAAGAAGAAAAUCGGCUUUCUUAGAACCCUCCCAAGUGCAUCAGAAAAGCUAGAAAUCUUUAACGCAGAUCUCGACAAACCAAGCAGCUUUGAUGCUGCCAUUGAGGGGUGCAUUGGAGUCUUUCAUUUAGCUCACCCCAUGGACUACGAGGGUGAAGAAGCAGAGGAAGCAGUGGUCAAAAGAUCAAUGGAAGGAACUCUCGGCAUAUUGAAGGCAUGCUUGAACUCUAAGACGGUGAAGCGAGUUAUCUACACAUCCUCUGCAGCAGCUGUUGCGUUAAACAACAAGGGUCUUGACGUAAUGGAUGAAAAUGCAUGGAGUGACAUUGAAUGCUGCAGAGCUUUCAGUAUUAACAGUUCUUAUGCUGUCUCAAAGACAGUAACAGAAAGGGCAGCUCUUGAAUUUGCAGAAGAGCAUGGUUUGGAUCUCGUAACGUUGUGCCCUUCACUAGUUGUCGGUCCAUUCAUCUGCCCAAAUUUUCCCAUCUCGGUGCGCAUGGGCUUAUCUUUGAUCUUUGGCGAUGGGGAUCAAUAUAAAGGUCUUAGUCAGACUCAGACAUGUAUGGUGCAUAUAGAGGAUGUGGCUGCUGCACAUAUAUUCCUCCUAGAGUGUCCUAAAGUUGAGGGAAGAUUCAUUUGUUCUUCUAUUCAAGCAACAGCUUAUGAGAUAGCUCAGUACUUUGCCAUCAAAUAUCCAGAGUUUCAAAUGCCAAGCUUAGAUUUAUCAAGAGAGAUUGAAAAUGUCAGGCUUCUUAGCCUUUCAUCAAAGAAACUCUUGGAUCUGGGGUUCAAGUUUAAGUAUGGCCUUGAAGAAAUGUUUGAUGAAGCAAUUGAAUGUUGCAGAGAAAAGGGGUUCCUUUAGUUCAUGGUGUAGGCUGUACAGUCAAGAAACUUC